AUGCCGUUUUCCGUUAACGGCAUCCUCUGCACGCUGGCUCUGCUGGUCCUGUGGAGGACGGAGGAGCUGGUUGAAGCCUGCAGCUGCGCUCCGGUGCAUCCGCAACAGGCUUUCUGCAACGCCGAUGUAGUGAUUCGAGCGAAGGUGGUGGGAGAGAGAGAGGUGGAUUCUGGGAACGAUGUCUACGGGAACCCCAUCAAGAGGAUCCAGUAUGAGAUCAAACAGAUCAAGAUGUUCAAGGGGCCUAACCAGGACAUCGAGUCUAUCUUCACUGCUCCUGUGUCCGCUGUCUGUGGCGUUACCCUGGAUGUCGCCGGCAAGAAGGAGUACUUGAUCUCAGGCAAGGCCGAGGCCGACGGAAGCAUGCAUGUAACCCUGUGUGAUUACAUCAUGCCCUGGGACUCCUUGAGCAACACCCAGAAGAAGGGCCUGACCCAGCGCUACCAGAUGGGCUGUGAAUGCAAGAUCGUGCGUUGCCCCUCUUUGCCCUGCGAGAUCUCGGCUCCCGAGGAGUGUCUGUGGACGGACCUGAUGAUUGAGAAGCAGGUGCACGGACGCCAGGCCAACCACUACGCCUGCGUCAAGAGGGCGGACGGCUCCUGCUCCUGGUACCGCGGCGUUGCGUCGCCCAAGAAAGAGUUCCUGGACGCCGACGACCCUUAAGUCGCGUGUCACGCCUGACUGCCCACUGCACAGCCUGGCUGGAAAAAUAAAUGUAAACGAUUCCAUUGAAAUUUAAGACAACAACAUCAGGCAACGUGAUUUUUGAUAAAAUAGGUAAAGCUAAUGUGACUGAAAUUACCUGCUGGUCUGAAAACAACCUUCAGCUUCUCUUUGUAUUUGUUGUCCGUGUCGGAGGAAGCAACACGAGGAGGCUCAGAGGUUGUUCUCAGACACGGCGACUCUGUAAAAAAACAAUCAAAUAGCAUCAUGAGACAUAGACUGGUCAAGUGAUGAUGUAACUUCCUCCUGAGGCUGGCGUCAGGAGGAUAUAAAUUCUCGGCGAGACAGAGCACUUCGUGCCCCGCAAAGCGCUUUAACAGCUCUGCUCUCCGACUCCACCAACCAAUCCCUCCGAUCUACGGACGAUCAUUCGUUACCCAUCGUGUUUCUACUUUUUAUUACCUCAUUCUCCGUUUUAUUCCAAAGCCAAAAUUCCAAGUUGCCUUUCUUUUAAAUGAUUGUCUCGCUCUCUCCGAACGCUAUUAGUUACUGCUUCUGUCAUCUUUCUCUGCUGGGAGCUGUUUUGGUGACGUCGGACGCCCACGACAUGCUUUAACUGUCUUUUUAAAAUGAGUCAUCGUGCAUGGCUGAUCUUUUCUGGUUUCAUUCGGUGAAAAUCUUUUCUCUUGUGGCGAUUUUUUUUAACUGAAGCCUGUGACCGUCGCAGGCCUCACUGGACCAGUCUAUGCUGUGUAAAGAUGAGCGCUCUAAAUUUAAACCUGCUCAUGAGGUAAAACACCUCCUCAUCGCCCCAACAGUCCAAUCAGAAACAUCCCAAAUUUUCUCUUCCUCCUCUCGUCUUCACCCCCCUCUCCCUUGUCAUCCCCACUAUGUAGCUGUACAGUACCUAUGCAUAUACUUUUGUUGUUACUUGAUGAUUAUUAUUUACUGCAUUAGAACUAGAUUUGCACUUUUUGAGGAUGAGUUCCAGUAAAGACAAGAGCCUGAACACUUUGAUGUGACAGUUAUUAUAGUUCGCCCAGACCGACAGAUCCACCUCAGGUGCAGAUUUCUCCUGUUUUGAGUGCUUUUGGUGAUCCAUAUUCACAAACUUAUUCUUGCUAUCUUUGUCAUAACAGAUAAAAUAGUACUUGCAACGGAAGAAAAAAAAUAGUGGCGUGUGAGAGGUUCAGAUAUAAGGGAUCUUUUUGCAGACUUUAUGUGUGUCAGAGAAACAAAAAGAGCUUUGUUGGCUGUUAUUUCAGUGUCUUUGUAUUAUCUGUUGAUUGUAAAAUGCCAACAGCAGUUUCAUGAUUUGCCAGUAUAUUCUCGCAGACGGUUAAUUUCAUGAGUAAUCUUUACAUGCUUAGCUUUUAACUCGUCUUUCCCGCUCCUUCCAGUUAUUAAUGAAAGCUUUAUCGCUGUCAUAGAAAGCAAGUUACUCAAUCGGAAGUUUACAGUGCUGUUUUAUACACCUCGAGCUACAUUAACAAAAAAAAUAUAUAUAUGAUGGAGUAUUAGAGGCAUAAUUUAAAAGUAAACUCUUUCCAUUUUCCCAUUACUUUGUAUUUUUUCAGUGUUAUUAUUAUAAUACCUGUCAUGAUUUUUUUGUGUGUUUUCGCUGUCUUUUGUCUACGAUGUCUGUAGCUGUAGUGUCGAGGUGAGAAGGUCCUCUUGCGCUGGAGUAACGUGAGAGUGAGAGAGAUUAAUCCUUUUUGGAGAGGUGUAGAGAAAUGAGAAAUGGGUACCUUGUGUGAAUAGAGGACUGUGCAUGUGUUUGAUGCUUUAUGUAAGUCCGGGCGAAGGACAAAAUAUUCAGUAUUAUCAAAUAAAAACCACACGUUUGAAAGAAUAAA